UUGCUUCAUAUGACACAUCACUCAUACACACAACAAACAAAGAGAAAACCACAUGCAAAGUUUUCUCUUCUUUCACCACCCACAGUUACUAAGGCAACAACCAUUUUUGGAACCUCAUUUUCUUCAUGCAACCAUCCCUUUUUGUUUAUUUUUUUUUUUAUAUGCCUACCAUAGUCAUGGUUAUUUCAAAUAGUGAAGUGCAAGGUCGUUUCAAACAUUGAAUCCAAUUACAAUGGCUGAGAGAAAUGUGUCUGCCGUUAAGGUUGUUUCUAGGAAGUCCUUGUGUUUUUUCUUCACUAUGACAACGUUCUUGUUUCUUAUGUCUUGGUUGUUUGUUUUGCGUUCCACGCGUUCUGAGGGUAGUUCAAAUUCCAUAGCCCAAAAUCUGUUACCCAAUUCAAAGCUUUUCUCUACCUCUGAUGACUCUGAUUCUGAGAAGCAGAACCAGACUGUGGAGUCCUCGUUUGGCAACCGAGCAAUACUUGUGAAUAGUGAUGAGAAUGUUGAAGCAAUAACCAGAGAGAGUGGGAAAUGUAGCAGCACGCAUGGUGAUAAAGUUGUUCUAAAAGUUUUCAUGUAUGAUUUACCUUCUGAGUUCCAUUUUGGACUCUUGGAUUGGAAAGAUGAAGGAAAGAGUGUUUGGCCUGAUAUCAAAACUAACAUACCCGGUUACCCUGGAGGUUUGAAUUUGCAACAUAGUAUAGAGUAUUGGCUUACUUUGGAUAUUCUUGCUUCAGAAUUAUCUGAACCCUCCAAUUCUAGAACUGCAAUUAGAGUUAGAAACUCUAGUGAAGCUGAUGUUAUAUUUGUGCCAUUCUUUUCUUCUCUGAGCUAUAACCGAUACUCCAAGACUAGUCCACGGGAAAAGAAGAGCAGGAACAAGGUUCUGCAAGAGAAAUUGGUGAAGUAUCUGACAGCUCAAGAGGAAUGGAAGAGGUCAGGGGGAAGGGACCAUUUGAUCUUGGCUCAUCAUCCAAAUAGUAUGUUGGAUGCAAGAAUGAAGUUGUGGCCUGCUACAUUCAUACUCUCAGAUUUUGGGAGGUAUCCUCCAAAUGUAGCCAAUGUUGAAAAAGAUGUGAUUGCACCUUAUAAACAUGUAAUUGGGUCCUAUGUCAAUGAUGAUUCCAGCUUUGAUAGUCGUCCAACAUUGCUGUACUUCCAAGGAGCAAUAUACAGAAAAGAUGGAGGUUAUGCUCGGCAAGAACUAUUCUAUCUUUUAAAAGAAGAAAAGGAUGUGCAUUUUUCAUUUGGAAGUGUUCAGAAAGGUGGAGUCAAGAAGGCUACAGAAGGCAUGCGUUCUUCCAAAUUCUGCCUCAACAUAGCUGGUGACACACCUUCAUCAAACCGCUUGUUUGAUGCAAUAGCGAGUCACUGUGUUCCUGUUAUUAUCAGUGAUCAAAUUGAGCUUCCAUAUGAGGAUGUCAUUGACUACUCUGAGUUCUGCAUAUUUGUUCGUACAAGGGAUGCUAUAAAAAAGAAGUAUCUAAUAAACUUCAUUAGGAGUAUAGGCAAAGAUGAGUGGACAAGAAUGCGGAACAAGUUGAAAGAGGUUCAAAGUUUCUAUGAGUUUCAGUUCCCAUCUAAGGAGGGUGAUGCUGUCCAAAUGAUUUGGCAGGCUAUUGCACGUAAAGUUCCUUUGAUGAAAUUGAAAACAAACAGGUCUAGGAGGUUUUUCAGGUCUCUUCAUGGUAAAGAGAAGGGACUCAAAUCAAUACCUGCACCAGCUAACUUUUGGUGAGAAAGAAAGAAAAAAAAAAAAAAAAAAUUUCUUUGGAGCUAUAUGCAUCUCAUACAUCAUAGCUUUUGCCCAAUGUAAGAAUACUAUAUACAUAUCAGUUAUGAUUUUGAUGCUGAUAAUGUAACGUUCAUACCUUAAGACUAUGAUAAGAAAGAGGAUUUAGGCAAUCUAGUUCAACUUGUGGUUGGACU